AUGCUUUUCCACUCGCUUCGGGUUGGACUUGCUCGUCUUGCACUCGCCGACGGUGCAGUUGCGACCACAUCACGUCGAAUUUUGUGUACAACCUCAGCUCGAGCUCCGACUGACGACAGCAAGCAGCAACAGCAGCAGUUCGAUCGUUAUACAAGGCAAUCCGACGGUCCACUUACUGAUCAAAAGAAAGCAUUUCAACAACAUCACAUUAAGAAGAUGAGAGAUACACAAUAG